CUGUCGGCAUCUCCCAUCUCUAUUACUAUAUCGCACUUCUGUGGAAAUUUUGGGAAAUUCACCAAUUUUUGUGCAAAAUGAGCUCGCCAACGAGUAAAAAUGUUGUUGAAACAAAUGGAAACAAGCCAAAGAAGUCCGGGAAAACCAAUUCGACUGCGAAGGGCGGCACAAUGGACACACGUGCCGAGCUGGCGGACCUCAUCAAGAAAAAGGCCGAAACCUCGGAGCAACUGGCCAACUUGGAGCGACAGAUCUACGCCUUUGAGGGCUCAUAUCUGGAGGACACACAGCUGUGCGGCAACAUCAUACGCGGCUGGGAGCGCUACCUCACCUCCAACAAGGCCACCAACUCCAAGGCCGACAAGCGGAAUCGCAAGUUCAAGGAGGCGGAGCGGUUGUUCUCCAAAUCUAGCAUUACCUCCAUGGCAAUAUGUAAUCCUGAGCGCGCAAGCGAAUCCGAUUCCAUUACCAAUGAAGACUCCAGCGACAAUCAGAUGUCCAUCAAUCAGAACACCACCACGGCCCACGAUGGAGCCACGACAAUCAAGAGCACGCCUAAAGAUGAAAAGGAUUCCCCCUCGCAUCGCAAUGAGGGAAGCCUGGUUAGCCUUGCUGGAGGAGUUGGUGUCACAGGUAGCAACGUUGCACCCAGCUCUGUCAACAAAGAUGUGCUCGGCACACCCACCUCCAAUACAAAGAGCAAACUUUCCACCAGCUCCAGUGCGACGGCAAAGAAGAGCGGCCACAUAAACAAGAAAAUACGGCAUCGAUGAUGACCACCACUGCGUUGGGUUAACCCGUCGGAUAAUCCAUAUAUAAGUUCAAAGUUUUCUGAAUUACAAUUUGUACAAUUAAUAAAACGAAUCUAGAUUUAUAA